AUGUUCGCUCGCCCAGCCGUCCGCGCUCUCUCUCACUCCCGCCAGUUCUCCUCGUCUGCUGCUCGUCAGACCAAGGUCGCUGUCCUCGGUGCUGGCGGAGGAAUCGGUCAACCGCUCUCCCUCCUUCUCAAGACCAACCAUCUCGUCACCUCCUUGAGCCUCUACGAUAUACGCGGUGCUCCUGGUGUUGCUGCCGACAUUAGCCACAUUGAUACUGCCAGUGAGGUGCACGGUUAUCCCGCAGACAAGCUCGACCAUGCCCUCGAGGGUGCCCAGAUCGUCGUCAUCCCCGCUGGUGUUCCCCGCAAGCCCGGCAUGACCCGUGACGAUCUCUUCAACACCAACGCUUCCAUUGUCCGUGACCUCGCAGCGGCGGUCGCGCGCGUCUCACCCGAGGCGUGCGUUCUCGUCAUCUCCAAUCCCGUUAAUUCCACUGUCCCCAUCGUGUCUGCCGUCCUGGAGAAGGCCGGUGUUUACGACCCCAAGAAGGUAUUCGGCGUGACGACGCUCGACGUCGUCCGUGCUGCUCGCUUCCUUGGUGGCGUCACCGGCACCUCACCGAACGACACCCGAGUGACCGUCAUCGGUGGGCACUCUGGUGCGACGAUUGUUCCUCUACUCUCGCAGACUCCGUACGGCAAGGGCGUCACCGGCGAAGCCUACGUCUCACUGGUGCACCGCAUUCAAUUUGGUGGUGACGAGGUCGUCCAGGCUAAGGGGGGCGCGGGCAGUGCAACUCUCUCUAUGGCGUACGCAGGUGCCAGGUUCACUGACGCUGUCCUCCGCGGUCUGAAUGGCGAGAAGGGCGUGGUUACUCCUACGUUCGUCAAGAGCCCUCUGUUCGCGGACCAGGGCGUCGAUUUCUUCUCGACCAAUGUUGAGCUCGGUCGCAACGGUGUCGAGAAGAUUCACCCAAUUGGCCCCAUCUCGGCAGAGGAAGAGAAGCUGUUAGCAGCGUGCUUGCCCGACCUGAAGAAGAACAUUGAGAAGGGCAAGAAGUUCAUGUCGCAGUAG